AUGAUCAAUUUUGGUCUAUUGUUUCAAAAAUCUUUACUUGAUCAAACACCUCAUCUUAACAGACUAGAUAUUCGACAAGAUGCAUUAUUACCAUUACAAAUGUCAUUAUUCAAAUAUACAAAUGCAUCAAUUCGUCAACUUGAUUUACGAAGUUUUAAUCGUGUAUUUAAUGAAGAAGAAUGUAUUACAUUGAGUCAUACACCAUUGGGUGUUCAGUAUGAAGGACAUGAUUGUGCUAACAUUAAAUCACAACGACCAGUUCAAGAAGGUGUUGCUGCUGCUCAAGGAACUUUGGAAUGGGAUGAAAUUAAAGCACAUCUCGAUGCAAGAUACCCGUCCAUCUUCCAAAAUCAGCGACCAGUUUAUUUUGCUGAAGAAAACGAACGACAAGCAUUGGAAAGAGCUACUAUGAAAGACACGACACUUACUGCAUGGUUCAAAUUAAAUUCAAAAAAUCCAGAUGCUCGACAAUAUCUUUACCAUGAUAUUCCACAGCACUUUGUUUUUGAACGUAAUGGAACAUGGAAGGAUCGACUACAAGGUGAAAACGUCAUCGGUAGAAUGUACUCCAUCAGCCCCAGUGAUGUAGAACACAAUCAUCUUCGAUUAUUACUGUUAUAUAUUCCUGGUGCCUGUAGUUUUGAUGAUCUUAAAACAGUAGAUGGUCAAGUCUGUCAAACAUUUAUGGAAGCUGCUAAAAGACGAGGUCUAUUAUGUGAUGAUACUGAAUAUGAAAGAUGCAUGCCUGAAGCCGUUAUCUUCCAGAUGCCACAACAACUAAGAACACUUUUCUGUGUGAUACUUCUAUACUGUAAUCCAGCAAAACCUGUAGACCUCUGGAAUUCAUUUAAAGCACAUAUGGCCGAGUACUUCAUGCAACAGGUGGAUGCUGAAAUAGCAGAAGCAAUGGGAUUUUAUGCAAUCGAUGAAAAACUGAAAGAACAAGGCCGCAGUUGCAGUGAUUUUGGUAUACCAUCAUCAACACCUGUUCCUUAUUCAUUUGAAUCAAAAGUUAUCAAUAAAGAAGAAGAAUUUCGAACAGGACAAGAAAUGUAUGCAAUGUUGAAUUUAGAUCAACGUUCAGUAGCAGAUGCAAUUCUUGCAAGUCAUCGUAAACAAUCAACCACCACUGCUGGCUCAUAUUUUUUUACCAAUGAUCCUGGAGGUACAGGAAAAACCUAUCUUUAUAACACCCUGUACCAUUUAUUCAUGGGACAAGAAGUACAUGUUAUGACAGUUGCAUGGACAGGAAUUGCUGCAAGUUUAUUGCCUGAAGGAAGUAAGGAGGCUGAAGAGAUUAGAAAGGCUCAAGUUUUUAUCUGGGACGAAGCAACAAUGGCUCAAUCUUAUGCUCUCAAUGCAGUUAAUAUUUUGCUGAGAGAUAUAAUGAACAUCGAUGCACCUUUUGGAGGAAAAAUUGUGAUACUCGGUGGAGAUUUUCGACAAGUUCUUCCAGUUAUUCGGCUUGCAAACAGAUCAGAAUUAAUUGCAGCAAGUCUCAAAAGUUCCAACCUUUGGCCUUACUUCAAAGUCAUGCAUCUACACCAGAACAUGAAAACAGGACCAGGUGAAGAAGAGUUCUCAAAGUGA